CAUUUCCAGCCGGCUCCCUGGAGGCGCUGGUCGAGGAGCCGCGGGGGGCGAGUGGCUGGUGCCGAGGAUUCCGUGGUGCCGCCUCCCAGCCCGUCGGCUCCUGCUGCGAGUGGCCGCCCGGAGCCAGCUCUGACGGCCUGGCUGACAGGCCUGAGGCGGCGCGGCCAUGGACUUCUCCAAGUUCCUGGCCGAAGACUUCGACGUGAAGGAGUGGAUCAACGCGGCCUUCAGGGCCGGCCCCAAAGAGGCGGCGGCGGGGAAGGCGGACAGCCACGCGGCCACGCUGGUGAUGAAGUUGCAGCUGUUCAUCCAGGAAGUGAACCACGCGGUGGAGGAAACGAGUCUCCAGGCCCUUCAGAACAUGCCCAAAGUGCUCCGGGAUGUCGAAGCCCUUAAGCAGGAGGCGUCUUUUCUGAAAGAACAGAUGAUUCUGGUCAAGGAGGAUAUUAAAAAGUUUGAACAGGACACAUCUCAGUCGAUGCAGGUUUUGGUCGAAAUCGACCAGGUGAAGUCCAGGAUGCAUCUGGCUGUGGAAUCGCUCCAGGAAGCAGAUAAGUGGAGCACGUUGAGUGCCGACAUCGAGGAGACUUUUAAAACUCAAGAUGUGGGUGUGAUUUCUGCCAAGCUAACGGGUAUGCAGAACAGCUUAAUGAUGCUUGUGGAUACUCCAGACUACUCGGAGAAGUGUGUGCACUUGGAGGCUUUGAAGAACAGGCUGGAGGCAUUGGCGAGCCCCCAGAUAGUGUCUGUAUUCGCUGCUCAGUCCGUAGAUCAGGCCAAAGCAUUUGUGAAGAUAUUCACCGAGAUUGACCGGAUGCCCCAGCUGCUUGCAUACUACUACAAGGGUCACAAGGUGCAGCUGUUAGCAGUCUGGCAGGAGCUCUGCCAGAGUGACCUGCCCCUGGACCAGCAGCUCACUGGAUUCUACGAUGCCCUGCUGGGCGCUUGGCACACAGAGGUCCAGUGGUCUACACAGGUUUUCAAGAACCCCUACGAGGUGGUGACCGUGCUGCUGAUUCAGACCCUGGGGGCCUUGCUGCCCUCUCUGCCAGUCUGCCUCAGCGCCGGUGUGGAGCGGGCCGGGCCUGAGCUGGAGCUCACCAGGCUGCUGGAGUUCUACGACACCACCGCCCACUUUGCCAAGGGGCUGGAGAUGGCGCUGCUCCCCCACCCACAUGAGCACAACUUGGUCAAAGUCAUGGAGCUGGUGGAUGCUGUGUAUGCUCCGUACAAGCCCUACCAGUUGAAGUAUGGCGACAUGGAAGAGAAGAACCUUCUCAUUCAGAUCAGCGCGGUGCCUUUGGAGCAUGGAGAGGUCAUCGACUGUGUGCAGGAGCUGAGCCACUCCGUGACCAAGCUCUUCAGCCUGGCGUCUGCAGCUGUGGACAGAUGCAUCCGAUUCACCAGUGGCCUGGGGACCUGUGGCCUGCUGACAGCCCUCAAGUCCCUCUUUGCCAAGUACGUGUCUGACUUCACCAGCACGCUCCAGUCAAUACGGAAGAAGUGCAAGCUGGAUGAGAUUCCUCCCGACUCCCUCUUCCAAGAAGACUGGACAGCUUUUCAGAACUCCAUCAGGAUAAUAGCCACCUGUGGAGAGCUCUUGAGGCACUGUGGAGACUUCGAGCAGCAGCUGGCAAACAGGAUCCUGUCCACAGCCGGGAAGUACCUCUCCGACUCCUACGGCCCCCGGAGCCUGAGCGGCUUUCAGGACAGCAUCCUGACGGACAAGAAGAGCUCUGCCAGGAACCCGUGGCAGGAGUAUAAUUACCUCCAGAAAGACAACCCUGCUGAAUAUGCCAGCUUAAUGGAGAUACUUUAUACCCUCAAGGAAAAAGGGUCAAGUAACCACAACCUGCUGUCCGCCUCUCGCACGGCUUUGACGCGCCUGAACCAGCAGGCCCACCAGUUGGCUUUUGAUUCCGUCUUUCUGCGCAUCAAACAGCAGCUGCUGCUUGUCUCCAAGAUGGAGAGAUGGAACACCGCCGGCAUUGGAGAAACCCUCACUGACGACCUGCCCACCUUCAGUCUCACCCCUCUCGAGUACAUCAGCAACAUCGGCCAGUAUAUCAUGUCCCUGCCCCUGAAUCUCGAGCCCUUCGUGACUCAGGAGGACUCUGCCUUGGAGCUCGCCCUGCACGCCGGCAAGCUGCCGUUUCCUCCCGAGCAAGGGGAUGAAUUGCCCGAGCUGGACAACAUGGCUGACAAUUGGCUGGGCUCGAUCGCCAGAGCCACGAUGCAGACCUACUGUGACGUCAUCCUCCAGAUCCCUGAGCUGACCCCGCACUCUACCAAGCAGCUGGCCACCGACAUCGACUACCUGAUCAACGUGAUGGACGCCCUGGGCCUGCAGCCGUCCCGCAUGCUCCAGAGCAUCGCCACGCUCCUGAAGGCCAAGCCCGAGGAGUACAGACAGGCCAGCAAGGGCCUGCCCCGCCGCCUGGCCACCACCGUGGCUGCCAUGCGGGGUGUGGACUCCUGACCCCGUGGCCCGCCGAGAGGGGUGCCCGGACUCUCUGGAGGGGGCCUGCCCUAGAAACCCCCCAGGAUUGGGCAGAGCUGGUUUGGAAAGACUUGUUUCAUUUGUAAAAUCUAAGUUUGUACAUGAGAGGAAUGUUAUUUAUUAAAGAGGGAUCUUUCAGAUGAUUUCUUUAAAAUGUUGAAAAUGUCAUUA